AUGGCAGAAUUAUCAUCAGUGGAACCACAGCUGUUCCUCACCCUACCUGUAAAAGUCUUGCAAAAUAUUAUAAAAUUUUUACCCCAACAAGCCCUCAUCAACCUUGCAACAACAAACUAUGAAUUUUAUCACCCAUGUCUUCAACAACUAUACUCUAAAAUCGUAAUCUCCCAGUAUGCACCAUUGAGAUUGAAGAUAACCAAAUCGGAUCAUCGACGAGAGGUCGAUUUCCAGGAUAGCACGCGUCUGGUGAUUUAUGGGUUUGAAAAUAGUCUCAAGGAAGGUCUAAACAUGAAGAUGAUUCAUGCCAGAAUACUAGUAUUGAACCAAGCAUUACAGAUAAACCCCGAGCUAGCCGGGUAUGUGAAGGAAGUGCAUAUAUUAGGCGAUGAGUAUAGUGAUGAUGUAAUUGCAGCAGUGCAAAGUUUAGCAAGUAUAUUGAAGCAAUUGGAUAUAUUUUAUAUCGACAAUGAAAAGAUUAGGUCAAAGGUGGACCUAUCGCACUUAAAGUUAAGGAGGGCUGUUGUUGAUAAUGUGAACAUUCUAGGGGAUGGCAUAGAGGGCCUUCUUGUCGGCAGCAUUGACAAGAUUGGUAAUUUGUCAAGCAUUGCAUCCAACUUGAAGGAGUUGAUCCCACCAUUUGAAGAGGAUCUGUAUUGGAAGUGGAUCAGGACUAAUAUGUUUCCAGAUAAUGUACAUUUCUCAAAACUAGAAAAAUUUAGGCUUGUGUUUCAUCCUUCGGCAUUUAAUGACAACAUCAGCCUAAUCAAGUUGAUUCGGUGGAGUAAUAUCACGGAAUUAGAGAUUGUUGUUCCUUACCCACAAGUAAGCAACAUUGAGGAUUACGUUUUCGACUGCUUUGAUGCAAUACCACUGCAAUUGCCCAGGCUAAACAAGCUUUCAAUUGUUCAAGGAUCGGUAUUUCCAACGCACGAGAUUAACGAAUCAUAUGAUUUGACCAUGUUUAACUUUAUCAAUACAUACAUUGAACAUUUAUCAUAUCUUUCCAUCAAGCAUAGUGUACCGCAAUUGGGUAACUUUCCAGAUGGAUUUGAAGGCAACUAUCAUCGUCGAUAUGAACUAUACACUACGAUUCUACCCAAGCUUUUGACAAAGUCGAGCAAAUCGACAUCCAAUUUCAUACUUGACUUGCCUAAUUUGUUCCACACAUUCACUUGCUAUGAACAGUAUAUGAACACGGUUAUUUGGAACGGAUGCAAGUGUGAGUAUUGCGAUAUUUACUUGGACAAAUUGGACCAUUUCUUAUUUCAACACAAGUAUUUUGACCAGGACAGUCAACGAUAUAAAGACAUGAAUGCUUCACAUUUACUCGCCUCAAUUGCGUCAAACUUGAACAAAAGAUUAAUACCAUCUUCCUCGUUGUUGACCCAAUUGGACCAACCCUCAUUUCCCAUUUGGAAAUGCAUUUGGGAUUUUCAUCUGAUUGAAAACUCGAAAAAGUUUAAAUGCCUAGAAAAACUUACAAUCGAUCAAGGUGAAUACGACGAAGGAGAUUAUCCAGAUGAGGAGCAAGUUGAAAUAUGUGAACUGAACAAGAAUUUUUUUGCCCGUAUACCGAAGGCAAUCAGUCAUUACAUGAAUGAUGUCAUUCAGGAAAUUUUAAACUUGCAUCGUGGUAAUGCUGAAGCUAGAUUUGAUGAGCAAGAUUUGCAGUUUUUGAAAGAUGGAGGAGAUUACGAUGAUUUGCAUCAAAAGAGUGAUUUGAAGAAAGUUCUCAUCAAUGGGUUUGCUUAUAAUAUUGAUAAUGAGUUGAAUGGAACUCACUUUUAUGAAAAUGUAUACGAUGAAUGA